AUGUUGGCCCUUCGCUCAGCCGGCCUCCGUGCCUCCAUUCACUGCUUCCGCCUCACUGCCUCCUCCCGCCUCCUCAGCACCCUCGCAAUCCUCGAACACCGUCAAGGAAAAUGGAACGCAAACUCCCUCUCAGCACUCACCGCCGCAACCCAGCUCGGCUCUGGUGUGACCGCAUUCAUCGCCGGUUCCGACGCCGCCAAGAUGGGUGCCGAGGCUGCCAAGUUCAAGGGUGUCGAGAAGGUUUUGACGGUGGAGAAUGAAGAAUACGAUAAGGGAUUGCCAGAGAACUUUGCGCCGCUGGUGGUGGAGAAUGUCAAGGAGGGUGGCUUUACACAUGUUAUUGCUGCGCAUACUGCGUUUGGGAAGAACACUAUGCCACGAGUGGCGGCGUUGUUGGAUGUUGGGCAGGUGUCUGAUAUUGUGGGCGUUGAGAGCGAGGACACUUUCCGCAGACCAAUCUACGCAGGAAACGCGAUUGCUACCAUCAAGUCUCUCGACUCUUUCAAGGUCAUCACCGUCCGUCCCUCCGCCUUCGACCCCGCUGGCCCACCAGCAGAAUCCAACGCAGCCCCCAUCGAAUCCGGCAAAGACCCCAAAACAACCUCCCAAACCGCCUGGGUUUCCGAACAAAUCUCCACCUCCGCCCGUCCCGACCUCGGUUCCGCAGCACGCGUCGUCUCCGGCGGUCGCGGUCUAAAAGACAAAGAGAACUUUGACAAAGUCAUCACCCCUCUCGCUGAUGCCCUCGGUGCCGCUAUCGGUGCGUCCCGUGCUGCUGUCGAUGCUGGGUAUGCAGACAACGCGUUGCAGGUUGGACAGACUGGAAAAAUCGUCGCGCCGGAGUUGUAUGUCGCUGUCGGAAUCUCAGGAGCGAUUCAACAUCUGGCGGGUAUGAAGGAUAGUAAGACGAUUGUUGCGAUCAACAAGGAUGCGGAUGCGCCUAUUUUCCAGGUUGCUGAUAUUGGGUUGGUUGGGGAUUUGUUUACUACUGUGCCGGAGUUGACGGAGAAGAUUAAGCAGUGA